AUGGAUGAUUCUGGGAUCAUCCGAAGACGAAGAAUGCAGAAGGAUCUGCCUCUGCCCCGAAAAAGUAGCAGUUGCAGAACCAGUAACCGGAAAAGCCUCAUCCUGACCAGUACAUCCCCCACCCUACCACGGCCACACUCUCCGCUGCCGGGACACAUAGGAAGCAGUCCGCUGGACAGCCCGCGCAACUUCUCACCAAGCGGACCUGCCCACUUUUCCUUCGCCUCUUCUCGAAGGGCUGAUGGACGUAGAUGGUCCUUGGCUUCUCUGCCUUCCUCAGGAUAUGGCACCAAUACACCCAGUUCAACGUCAUCCAGCUCAUCCCAGGAGCGUCUCCACCAGCUGCCCUUCCAGCCGACCAUGGACGAGUUGCACUUCCUGUCCAACCACUUUGGCAGCACAGAGAGCAUCACGGACGAUGAUGGGGGCCGACGCUCGCCACAUGUCCGGCCUCGCUCACGGAGUCUCAGCCCGGGGCGCUCUCCAUCCUGCUAUGACAAUGAAAUAGUGAUGAUGAACCAUGUCUACAAGGAGCGCUUCCCCAAGGCCACAGCUCAGAUGGAGGAGAGGCUGGCAGAGUUCAUUCACAGCUACUCCCCAGAGAAUGUUCUGCCACUGGCCGACGGGGUCCUCAGCUUCAUUCACCACCAGAUAGCUGAGCUGUCCAGAGACUGCCUGGCCAAAUCACGCGAGGGCCUCAUUACCAGCGUCUACUUCUGUGAACUGCAGGAGAACCUGGAGAAGCUGCUGCAUGAUGCUUACGAGCGCUCAGAGAGCUCAGAGGUCACCUUUGUCAUUGAGCUGGUCAAAAAGCUCUUCAUCAUCAUAUCUCGUCCCGCCAGGCUCCUCGAGUGUUUGGAGUUCAACCCAGAAGAGUUUUACCAUUUGCUGGAGGCAGCCGAGGAUCACGCCAAGGAGGGACAACUGAUGAAGGCAGACAUCCCUCGAUAUAUCAUCAGCCAACUGGGGCUGACCAGAGACCCACUGGAAGAAAUCGUGAGUCUUGACAGCUAUGACAGUGAGGGUCCACAUACUCCAGAGACUGAUGACUCAGCAGAGGGAAAAGGGAGAGCCAUCAAACCACCGAGUGAAGAAGAUUUUCAGAGCAUCAAACUGAUCAGUAAUGGAGCUUAUGGUGCUGUCUACCUGGUGCGGCACAGGGAGACACGUCAGCGUUUUGCCAUGAAAAAGAUCAACAAGCAGAAUCUGAUCCUGAGGAACCAGAUCCAGCAAGCGUUCGUAGAGCGAGACAUCCUCACCUUCGCAGAGAACCCCUUUGUCGUCUCCAUGUUCUGCUCCUUUGAAACACGGCGACACCUCUGCAUGGUCAUGGAAUAUGUUGAGGGUGGUGACUGUGCCACUUUGUUGAAGAACAUUGGGGCUCUGCCUGUCGAGCUGGCAAGGAUGUACUUUGCUGAGACUGUUUUAGCCCUGGAGUAUCUGCACAACUAUGGUAUCGUCCAUAGAGACCUUAAACCUGACAAUCUCCUGAUCACCUCCAUGGGUCACAUCAAGCUCACAGACUUUGGCUUGUCGAAGAUGGGCCUGAUGAGCCUCACCACCAACCUUUAUGAGGGACAUAUUGAGAAAGACGCCAGAGAAUUCUUGGACAAACAGGUAUGUGGUACUCCAGAGUACAUCGCUCCAGAGGUGAUUCUCCGUCAGGGCUAUGGUAAGCCAGUGGAUUGGUGGGCCAUGGGCAUCAUCCUCUAUGAGUUCCUGGUGGGUUGUGUGCCCUUCUUUGGAGACACUCCUGAGGAGCUGUUUGGACAAGUCAUAACAGAUGAUAUAGUUUGGCCUGACGGGGAUGACGCCUUGCCUGCAGAUGCCCAGGCCCUCAUAUCUGCUCUGCUGCAGACAAACCCCCUAGUGAGGUUGGGUACAGGUGGAGCGUUUGAGGUGAAGCAGCACUCGUUCUUCACCGAGCUGGACUGGAACAGUUUGCUGAGACAGAAGGCAGAGUUCAUCCCUCACCUGGAGUCAGAGGAGGACACCAGUUACUUUGACACCCGUUCGGAUCGUUAUCACCACAUCAAUACGUACGAUGAGGAUGACACCAAUGACGACGAGCCAGUGGAGAUCAGACAGUUUUCUUCCUGCUCUCCUCGUUUCAGCAAGGUGUACAGCAGCAUGGAGCAUCUUUCUCAGCUGGAGCAGAAAGCUACGACCUCUGUGUCCCGUCGGGAGCACAAGGGCCCACGGGAUGACAAGGUGACCAAGAGAGAGAGCCUAGGCAGCUUCAGCAUGAGGGACAAGAGCUGGAGGACCGGUUCGCCUGAGAUGAAGCGCCUGUCUUGUUCAGAGUCCCUCUACAUGGAAGGAGACGCGAGCCCUCCCCUUGGUGCUCGGCGACGCUUCUCUGCACUGAUGGAUACACAUCGUUUUGCCUCACCCAUUGAGGGCGAGACAGACUUCCUGUCCCGCCAGGCUCCCAUCAAGGUCCGUGGAACCUCACUGGAUGGGACCAGUGCCCCCUCACCAAGCCUCCUGGAGCAGAGGACCAGUCUGAGAGAGAUCAAUGGAGCAGACAGGCCCCCUAGACCUGGAGAGACACCAGGCAUUACCACGGCCAUCACCACAUUAUCUCCAGGUCCUGCAGCUGCCAGUCGUGACGUGAUGACCCCUCUGUAUGACCCUCUCGGGCCCCGGGCCACCAACGACCUGGUCCUACGCAGGGCACGCCACCAGCAUUUGUCUGGUGAUGGAGAGAAACGCACCUCCAGACCUGGCAAUAAGGUCAUCAAGUCAGCCUCUGCCACAGCCCUGUCCGUCAUCAUACCAUCAGUGGAGCAGCAUGGCGGCUUCUCUCCUCUGGCCAGCCCCAUGUCUCCCCACUCGUUCUCUUCCAACCCCUCAUCCCGAGACUCUUCACCCAGCAGAGACUUCUGCCCAGCAGUCAGUGUGCUGCGCUCCCCCAUCACCAUCCAUCGCUCUGGAAAGAAGUACGGUUUCACCCUCAGGGCCAUCAGGGUCUACAUUGGAGACAGUGACAUCUAUAGCGUGCAUCAUAUUGUUUGGCAUGUGGAAGACGGCGGCCCUGCCCAGGAAGCUGGCCUGUGCGCUGGUGACCUCAUCACUCAUGUCAACGGGGAACCUGUUCAUGGACUGGUUCACACUGAAGUGGUAGAGCUUAUCCUCAAGAGUGGUAACAAGGUGACAGUGACAACUACACCUUUUGAGAACACCUCCAUUAAAGUGGGUCCUGCCCGGAAGGCCAGCUACAAGUGUAAGAUGGCCCGACGAAACAAGAGGACAAUGGGAAAGGACAGCCAGGAAAGUAAAAAGCGUAGCUCCUUGUUUCGUAAGAUCACGAAACAGUCCAAUCUGCUCCACACCAGCCGCAGCCUGUCCUCUUUGAAUCGUUCUCUGUCCUCCAGUGAGAGUCUUCCUGGCUCCCCAACUCACAGCCUUUCAGCCCGGUCCCCGACUCAGGGCUACCGCUCCACGCCUGAGCCCUCAUACCUGGGUGCCUCCUCCCAGAGCAGUUCUCCUGCCUCCAGCACUCCAAAUUCACCUGCUCCAUCACAGCACAUGAGGCCCAGCUCCCUGCACGGUCUCUCACCCAAACUCCACCGCCAGUAUCGCUCUGCCCGUUGUAAAUCCGCUGGUAACAUCCCCCUGUCCCCACUGGCCCACACACCCUCCCCUACCCAGUCUUCUCCUCCACCCUUGCCAGGCCACACUGUAGGGAGCUCCAACACCACCCAGUCCUUCCCUGCCAAGCUCCACUCAUCGCCGCCGGUGGUCCGUCCCAGGCCCAAGAGUGCAGAGCCCCCUCGAUCUCCUCUUCUCAAACGGGUGCAGUCAGCAGAGAAGCUGGGCUCACCUCUCACCCAGUCCAGCUCUACAGGAGGUCUGGGGGGUCCGCUGAGGAAGCACAGCCUGGAGGUGCAGCACUCCGAGUACCGCAAGGAUGCCUUUCUCUGUGAGCUCGGGCUCCAGAGCCUUUUGGAAACAGAAGGGGAAAAUUUGCCCCCUAAUCCUCCACCUUUGCCCUCGUCCUCAACUACCCCAGAGACGGGUGUGUUAAAGCCUGUGAGGAGACUAGGGAGGCAGGAGUCACCACUUAGCAGGGAAACACUACUGGCUGGGAGGGAGAGGGAAGAGAGGGAGAGAGGAAGGGAGAGGGAGAAAGAGAGGGAGACAGAGACCGGGACAAGUCGAAUUGGAGCAGCAGCAUCCCAGUCAUCCUUAACGAGAAAACCUCAUACAAGUGAGCUGGCCUUGAGCUCACAAAGCUCCAAAAGUGCAGAAAGCACUAAAGCAACAGCUCCUAGCACCCCUACCAAAACAACAGGAAGUCUAGUUGGUCAGAAGGCACCUGAAAAGAUCCAUCAGGGUCAGGCAGACUUAACUCCAAAACAUUUAGACCACAAGGCAGCCAAAAGUGUGUUAUCUAAUAGUAAAGAUCCCCUGGAGCAGCCGCUGGGGGGUAGAAGUGAACCAAAGCUGGAAGGAAACAACAAGAGUGUUCCCAGUAGGCCUGGUUUACCUGCUGCUGCCUUCACUAAGAGCACUGCUUCUACUCCAGAUAAAUCCAUCGGCAUCAACGCCACAGUGACAGCAGGUCCUCUGAGCAUGAACAAAACCUUUAAACCAUCAGGUAUGGGUGACAGCCUGAGAAAGGCUGGAGCUGAGAGCGGUGACUCGAGGACUCCAGACCUGGGCUCCAAAAGCCCCAAACUUCCAGCUCGAGUCCUUGCUCCUGUCGUUCCCCCACACGGGCAGCCUCUUUCGCUGGGCAAGGUGAGGCAAGGGCUCGGAGCUGUCAACUGUUACAGGGGAACCCUUGAUUGGGAGGAUAAAUGUCGCCUGGAGGUUGUGGAGGAGCAUUCGCCUUCCCCUUCUCCCUCCCCUACCGCUGUCACCCCCUCCCUCUGCGGGCCUUCCCUCUGUAAGUCGCGGCCUGUCUCCCCUGGCGACAAGACGAGCUUCGUCAGCCAGCUGACCACUGUGGCCAAAAACGUCCUCGGGCCAAUAAAGCUUGGCUCCCAGGAGGGGGCCAAGAGCAAAGACCAGCAGACUAAGGCAGCAGAGGAGAAGCAGGGAGGCACACCGGGAAAGUCUGACACUCCCGCUGGAGGUCGAGUGGUUGUUGGGGCUGCAGUGGUGACCCAGAGUCCAGCUGGCUCACCACUAGAGAAAGCUGCAACAGGGAGCAGCCUGCCGAAAAUGUGACCCCAUGGGGUCCCUAAGUGGGACUUUAGUUUAAAAGAAAAAAAAAAGAAGCCUUUUUUUCAACAGAAGUCAAGCACUUAAAAACAAUGUACAUUCCAGUUUCAGAGUAUAUAAAAUGUUAUUUAUUGAUUCCAAUCAUUGACUGAUUCUAACUGAAAACCAGGAGAAGAAAAUCUACUGAUAAGGUGCAUUAACUAUUGAUUUUCUAUUAUGAAUUAUUUAAUAAGAAGACUCUUAAUGUAAUGUGGAACACUUUAUCAGAUGUAUAUGUGUGUGAGUCUAUGUGAACGCAUGUCAUAUGAUAUGUACUGUACAUGUGUAAUAAGUACAAGAGGUCAAAAAGUGCUUUACCGAUCAAAACAUGCUGAAUACUGUGAAUACCAAAUCCAGUCACUCUAUUUUGUCAUUCAACCAGCCCUUUCUUCUUUUACUGCUUAUCAAUCAAGACAAUGAAACAGGGGGGUGAACUGAGGCACAGUUGAAUUGUCAUACUUUCUUCAAACAACACAAAUGACACGCAGCAUCAGUUCAGCUACAACGUGCGAGCAACACGAUGAUUAUGCUCAUUUCUCCUUCAUGCAGCAGUUUGCUUUCUCUGAGCUGCACAGUCAGACAAAGCCAAAGUAGGCACUGUCAGUGGAUGUCACAUCAAGCAUUGUCCAGUUCUGACUGUCACAGGGGAUUGUGUGUGUGUGUGUUUAUGUGUGUGUGUGUAUGUGUGUGUGCAUUUGUGUGUGUGAAACCACCUUGGGUCUAUUUCUGGUGGUUCUUGAAGGCCGUGUCCUGCUGCAGAGGAAAGCGAGGGUGACAGAGCUCAGGCUCAGCGCUUAUCUCCACUUCGCAGGAGGGCUACCACAGCCCUUUUCUCCCCUCAGCCUCUGACUAUCAGACGACAGCCUGCACAAAUACAUGCACAAACACGUACACACAUUGCCACAGGAGGCAGCAGUGGCAGCAGCUGAUUUUCAUGCGUUUAAAUCCAUCCCCAUGUGGUCCAUGAAUUGGGACAUGGGUGUGUUUGCGAGUGAGUGAGUUAAGAAAUGUGUGAAGAUGUGUGUGUGGCUUUUCUAGGAUUAAUAACACUCAGCACGGUUGACUCAGCAAGGGUCAUGACCGAAAACCAACCUGGACAUAAACAGACAACGGUGAGGGUCCUGUGACGGUCACAGGUUUUUUACUGACAGAAGGAAAAUCACCUACUACUUGUUGAACAAAUCACACUGGCACAGUGAAGAUGUAUUCUUUGAAUAUAGUAUGUAAAGGUGUACGAAAAUAUUAUAAGCACAUAUUCAGUGAACUCAUUUGUUGUUUUCAGCCAGAACAGGAAAAGCAGGCAGUCGUGGAUGUAGCAUAGCGUCAUUUAUUUGUUAAAGGGCUCAAUAGCUAAGGUAGGGUUUAUGGAUAUGGGCAUGGUAUAUCAUAAUGAACCUGUUACUGUAAAAACAAGGUGAUCUACAGUAUAAUCAAAAUGACUGUGUAGUUAGGUACUACAAGCUAGGUAGUCAAGAUUGAUUAAUGUAAUGCUCACAUUUUGCUAUGUAACGUACUGAUAGUGGUGUUUGAAUCAAUCAGCAGGAGUUCAGAGAAGAGUUAAAAUGUCCACAGGACAGACACAACUUGUGUUCCUCUCCCACUGGUCUUAUUCAUCUCCUUAUUGUUCAUAUCUCAGUAACUAUCCAGUGUACGUAAUCUUAUGCAACUCAUUUACAGCAGCGUAGGAGGACUGCUGUCAACUACACAGCUUUUUAAAUUUCACUUUCUGCCAGUGACUUCAUUGAAUUUUUGAUUCCACCAAUUCAGCCCAGAACAGCACAUGUAAACUUCACAACAAGGCAGAAGUUCAAAGACUCAAAUGUGUUUUCUGGUUCAAACUUUAGUUUCAAACUAAUCUGAAAAACAGUUUCAACUCACUAAAUGGUCAAGUUUGUUCUUCAACUUUUUCUCACAGCUGUUUUAGACUGAGUUAGUAAGUGUACAGUUGUGGUUGCUCGUUGUUUUACAUGGCAGCAUUGUCUUGGUUUUAUCUGUUUGGAAAACCAAAACAAUGAGCCAGAUGUGGCUAAAAAACUAUGUAGAGAUGAAAUUUUGUAUGACCUGUAUGACCUCUUUACAUAACCACUCAUUAAUAUAAACAUCAUUGCUACAUGCAUUUUCAUUUUGAUGCAAUAUAAACUGAUUUUAAUUGGUUUAAAUUUAUGAUACACAACCCCAGUGAAAAGCCGCCUGCGAUACAUGUAUUAACCAGUGAGUUGUUUUUUUUUUUUUUUUGGCAUGGUACUCUACUGCCCUCCAGUGGUUCACAAUGUCCAAAAACAUGUUUUUGUAAAAAAAAACAGAUUAAAAAUCCUUUGGAGUGAGAGUUUCUGUACUGAAGCCAGGACCACUGAUUUACUGCGAAAUGGAUGUUAUUAGCCAUAGGGUUACUGAAUAUGCAUUUUAUGUUUCUAAUGACAGAAUAUUUGCAGUAAUUAUCAGAUGAACACUUGAAUCAUGAAUUUAUUCAUUUACCAUUGUUCGUGUUCUUCACAUGACUGCUAAUCAUAUCUUCUGGAAUAGGGAUAAACAUUUUUAAAUAUACUGUCUUAUAUAUUCUACUGGUAGGAAGAAGUUCUUUUAUAUCUUGAUGUAACGAAGGAGUCAUCAGGUCAUCUCUGAUCACCUGAUUAAGAAAACUAACUGUAAUGUAAUCUUAUACAGCUAUUAUGCCCACUUUCAGGCCUUUUCCCAAUCAAUGGUGUCUAUACUAGUGUUACAUGUUUGAGAAUUUCCUUUUUCUUUUUGUGAUUGACAGAGAGAGUAGUAUAAAUGCACUUUAUUUGAGGAAAACUUCAUUUGCUGGUAUAGUUUGUAAGUUACUUUGAAAGAAAAGUAAGUAUAUUGUAUACAAAUAUGAAUUCUACAAAUGAACACAAAAGUCCAAGUAUAAAAACAUUCCACAUUUCUCUGUUCACUGAAAAUGUAUUUAUUUGUACCAUUGGGGCAUUUUUGUUUGUGAUAGAUGUGAUUCAAAUGCAGACACCUGAA